AGGGCGAAGGAGGUGGGAGUUUGGUAUCUGGAGAUCGCUGAAAGCAGAGGGCGCGGAUCAUUCAGUGAGACAGGAAGAGGGAAAGCAGCGAAGGCAUCAGGAUCACUGACCAUGGCAUCCAAAUGUCCGAAAUGCGACAAAACCGUCUACUUCGCUGAGAAAGUGACUUCGCUGGGAAGGGACUGGCACAAGUUUUGUCUAAAAUGUGAGCGAUGCAACAAGAUCCUGUCACCAGGGAGUCAUGCCUCGCAUGAUGAUAAGCCAUAUUGCCACAAGCCUUGCUAUGCAACAUUGUUUGGACCUAAAGGUGUGAACAUUGGAGGUUUUGGCUCCUUCAUCUAUGACCAGCCUCCGCCAGCCUCUAAUGCACAAUCGGCCACGGCUCCUGAGGAACAAACUCCCAAGUCAGUGGCGCCGAAAACCGCAGCCCCUCCUAAGGGCCCUAGCAAAGCAUCAAGCAUGACCACUUUUGCUGGGGAACCCAACAUGUGCCCAAGGUGUGGGAAGAAGGUCUACUUUGCUGAGAAGGUGACAUCACUGGGCAAGGAUUGGCAUCGCCCUUGCCUGCGUUGUGAACGUUGCAACAAGACUCUGAAUUCAGGAGGCCAUGCAGAGCAUGAUGGACAGCCUUACUGCCACAAGCCCUGCUAUGGAAUCCUGUUUGGACCAAAAGGGGUCAACACUGGAGUUGUUGGGAGCUACAUCUACGAGAAGAGUGACGCUGCUGGGGGCCAGUGAGGGGUUUACCAGACUCCAGGAGAAUCCAAGUCCAACAUUGCGUGGUUUCUUCGCUAAUGCAAAGUGCACAAGGCGCUGUAUUCACCAUAACACACAGUAAUAAUAGUUUAGAACUAGAUGUGUUCAGAAGUAUUAAAUGUAGUUUGAACUGUAGUGUGCAAUCUGAGCUGUCAUAGGACAGGGAGGCAGCUCUCAGUACCUGAUGGCCUCCUGUUGCUAUCUCUCAAAUUUUAAUAUAGCUCAAAGUUGACAGCUCUUAACACCACCAUGAAUUUGCCAAAGCUAUUGUCAGAUCUCAAACCAGAGAGUGAUGGUCAGGGCAAAGUCAGCAACCCUUUUAAAAGCCAAGUACCAGCUGAAAUGUUUUGCAAACACUACUGCAGUAACAACAAUUGGUGAGUAACCAUGUAUUGAUCUCUGUGUAAUAUCCCUCCUGUUUUAUGAAAUCUUGUGUUAUAAACUGUCUAUCCCAUCAUCUCUCACUGUGCAUCAUGAUUUCCACCUGUUGGAAGGGGACAGAUGGUCCUGCAACUACAGUAUUAUAUUGUGCAAAGUUUGUUCUAAAAAUCUUGUUCUUUUUCUAAAAAGCAUCAGCAGAGUGAAGCUUCCUGUUACCAUACAUUAAAGAAAAGUUAAAUGCUGUUCAGUUAUCUUUUAUUGAUAAUAAACUAUGCCAAACAUU